CUCGCGACUCGGGUUCCGGCUGCUACUUAAAGCGCGGCGCGGUGUCGCUGAGUCCGCGGCGGUAAAUGGCGCUGCGCGGGAGAGUGGCGCUGGUGACGGGAGGAGUGCAGGGGAUCGGGAGAGCUGCAGCCGAGAGCCUGCUGGAGAACCACGCCAAGGUUGCACUGGUAGACCUGAACCAGUCGGUUGGAGAGGAGUGUAAGAAGGAGUUAGAUGAGCAGUAUGGACAAGACAACUGUAUUUUCAUUCAGUGUGACGUGACGGACGGAGGAAAGCUACAAGAGGCGUUCAAAAGCACAGUGGAGCGCUUCGGAAGACUAGACAUCGUCAUCAACAAUGCUGGAAUCAACAACGAGAAGAACUGGGAGAAGACCAUCGAGGUGAACCUGACGUCUGUUAUUAAAGGCACGUAUUUAGCUCUGGAGCACAUGAGUAAGGAGUACGGCAAGGAGGGAGGGGUCAUCAUUAACGUCUCCUCCAUGGCAGCAUUCCUUCAUUCCCCUUAUCAGCCUGUGUACACGGCCACCAAACACGGCGUGAUCGGCUUCUCCAGAUCGCUAGCGGAUGCGUCAGAGCAUUGCAAUUACGGCGUGAGGAUCAACGUCCUGUGUCCGGCCUUCGUGGACACACAGCUCCUCCUCAGCGUCGAGCGCGAAGAGACCAUGGGCAAGUUCAUCAAGUACAAAGAUGAUUUAAAGCAGAAGAUGGACAAGUUCGGGGUUCUUAAGCCAUCUCUGAUCGCGGAGGGAAUGAUGCGCCUUAUCACAGACGAGAGCCUCAACGGAGCCGUGAUGAAGAUCACCUGCUCUAAAGGGAUUCACUUCCACGUGUACGAGCCUCUGUCAGCCUGAAGCAGCACUAAAUCAGCCGCUCUCAGCUCCGAGCUCUCAGUCAGCAGCUUGUCCAAACUGGUCUCCAAAACAAUCAGUGAUCAGCCCAGAUGUGCCCGGGAUUCCUGAAGACGUGAGCUGUUACAAACACAAAGGAUGAGUUAAGACACAUGUUAACAGGAAAGUCCCUGCUGUUUCACUUCAUCAGGCAGAAUCAUUUACACUGUCUGAGAAAAUCACAGCUUUCUUAUUGUGUGAAAAAUUCUGUUUAUUAACACAAAGGAACAAGUGAAGCAGGACAAUUUUAUAAGAUCACCAUCUUAGAUUUACAGCAAAAUGUAUCAGGUGUGUUUUUCUUCCUCGCUGGUGUGUGAUUGACGUGUAUCGAGUGUGAUUGAAGGCAUUUUUAUAAUGAAUCCUUAGUAAAUCAGUUGCUUUUUAUAUUUAUUAUCUGCUUUUCCUGCUAUAAUCGCUUCAAACAACAGAAAUCCUUCUUUAUUGUCAUUUUAUAAUUUUAUCAAAUCAUGAUGUUGCUAUUUACAGUGUAGAGACAAAAGUGUGCUAAUAAUAUGCAUAGUAUUUUGAUUUUUAAAAUAAAUUGAAUUAUAAAACAAAUGAACAAAUAAAUAAAUAAACAUUGUCGUGUU